AUUCUUCCGUUCCAUACACGUGAAAUAUAAAUAAACAAAAUGUCGGACGAUGAGUGCAUGUACGACGAUGAAGAGUAUGACUUGGAGUAUUCCGAGGAAAGCAACUCAGAACCAGACGUCGAUCUAGAGAACCAGUAUUACAAUUCUAAAGCACUCAAGGAAGAUGAUCCUCGAAGUGCCCUGGAAAGUUUUCAAAAGGUUUUAGAAUUAGAAGGGAAAGAUAAAGGUGAAUGGGGCUUCAAGGCAUUAAAGCAGAUGAUCAAAAUCAACUUCAAAUUGGGGAAUUUUCCCGAGAUGAUGAAGCGAUAUAAACAGUUGCUUACCUACAUCAAAUCUGCAGUGACAAGGAACUACUCGGAAAAAUCCAUAAACUCCAUCCUGGAUUAUAUCUCCACGUCCAAACAGAUGGAACUCCUACAGAAUUUCUAUGAAACAACGCUAGAUGCACUUAAGGAGGCUAAAAAUGAGAGACUAUGGUUCAAAACUAACACGAAGCUGGGAAAGCUGUACUUUGAUAGGGGAGACUACCAAAAGUUACAGAAAAUCCUAAAGCAGCUUCAUCAGUCCUGUCAGACCGAUGAUGGUGAGGAUGAUCUGAAGAAAGGCACUCAGCUGUUGGAGAUUUACGCUCUGGAAAUCCAGAUGUACACAGCCCAGAAAAACAACAAAAAGUUAAAGACCCUGUAUGAACAGUCUCUCCACAUAAAAUCUGCGAUCCCCCACCCACUUAUCAUGGGAGUGAUUAGAGAAUGUGGGGGGAAAAUGCACCUAAGAGAGGGGGAAUAUGAAAAAGCUCACACAGACUUCUUUGAGGCCUUUAAGAAUUACGAUGAAUCGGGAAGUCCAAGGAGGACAACUUGUCUGAAAUACUUAGUGCUGGCAAACAUGUUAAUGAAGUCAGGAAUCAACCCUUUUGAUUCACAAGAAACAAAACCAUACAAAAAUGACCCAGAAAUCUUAGCAAUGACUAAUUUAGUGAGCUCCUACCAAAAUAAUGAUAUUAAUGAAUUUGAGAAAAUUCUAAAAACAAAUAGGAGAAACAUCAUGGAAGACCCCUUUAUAAGGGAACACAUAGAGGAUUUACUUAGGAAUAUUAGAACACAAGUGCUAAUUAAGUUGAUUAAACCUUACACAAGGAUUCAUAUUCCUUUCAUAUCAAAGGAGCUGAAUAUUGACCCAACAGAAGUGGAAAACCUUCUAGUGUCUUGUAUUCUUGAUAGUGCUAUCCAUGGCCGAAUUGACCAGGUAAAUCAGGUUCUGGAGCUGGACAGAGAAAACACAGGUACGGCCAGGUACAAUGCCAUGGACAAGUGGACAGCCCAGCUACAGAGCUUACACCUGGCUGUCGUCAACAAAACUACGUGAACCUCCGAAGAAAUAUCUGACAGCAUUGAAUGGGAAACUUUAAUCAGUGACUGUUUAUAGUAUUUUUCUCUUUUUUUAUUAUAAAAUGUUAAACAAUCCUGAUCAAUUUGAACUAUAUGUAAGUCUAACCCAGACACUAGAACCUGGUAGAUCUGAGAUAAAUGGAUAGCAGAGAUUAUUUAUAUCAUUGUAUAAUGAUUCUAAACUAUCUGGAAUGUUCUGUUUCCAAGUCAGGCAAUGACGAGUGUUAUGUAGUACAUGUAUUUGUAUUCAAAUUCACUGGAAAAUCAUGCCUAUUUAAAUAUCUUGGAUGAUUUUUCAGAGAAUAUGUACCAUUAUAUACGUGUGUAUAAUUGCCGUCUUUUAAGUGACUGUUGUUGUUUAAAGCUUGCAUGUGUUUGAAAUAUACAAAAUUAUCACAAGUUCACAUGUGAAGGACUGAAACAGAGACAAUUAUGUGUAUACAUUUCUGUAAUGUAUAUGAAAAAUAAAAUAUGAAAUAUUUUAUAA